AUGUCUCCCAAGGCACGCGUUCUCGUCUACGUGCUACGCCGCGACCUACGACUCGCCGAUAACCCGGUGUUCCACGAGGUGUCACGACUCUUCCAGCAAUCCCAGCACCCAUUUACCCACCUUCUUCCCGUCUACACAUUUCCAGCCAACCAGCUCGAGGUUUCCGGCUUCAUAUCGGAUUCAUCAAACAAGUCACCAUAUCCAGAGGCCAGAGCCCCAGUCAGUGGCUUCUGGCGAUGUGGUCAGCUCAGAGCAAAGUUUCUGGCGGAAAGUGUGUGGGACCUGAAGAAAGACUUGGAGAGAGUUGGCAGUGACCUUCAGAUACGCGUCGGCACUGUCCACGAUGCGGUCCGAAGCAUACUUCAAGGCUACAAGGAACACAACGAAGUGGACAUCGCAGGUGUUUGGAUGACCAACGAGGAAGGCGUUGAAGAGAAGAGGGAAGAGAAGGAUGUCAAGAAACUCUGCCAGGAGUUCGACUCGGAGUUCAAGCUUUGGGUGGAUGAAAAAUACUUUGUGGACGAGAUCUCACAGCNNCGCGAUGUUCCAUUCGAUGAUCCGCGAAAGUUGAGCGAUGUGUUCACUGCAUAUAGGAAGACCGUCGAGCCUCUAAGGUCUGCACCGCGCAAGAUCAUCCCAGCACCGUCCACCCUACCGCCUCUCCCUACUCACAUUCCCUCACAAUCUGAGCCCUUCGAAAUCCCAGAUUCUCUAGAAGGCAUCAUGGUGGCCCUCACCAAGCCACUUGGAGACGAUCUCGGCCUCUCAAAUGUGGCAAAAUGGCCCAAAGGAGCAGAAUCCGCACAUCCAUACCUGGGUGGUUCAAAAUCAGGACACGAGCGCAUCGACCAUCUCAUCGAGAGUGGGAGCAUGACCGCAUAUAAAGACACUCGUAACGGACUACUGGGCCUAGACUUUAGCACAAAACUAUCUGCAUGGUUGGCUCUGGGGUGUUUCACAGCACGCCAAGUACACUGGAAGCUAGUCGAUUUCGAAGAUGGAAAAACACCGCUCGGAAAAGAUGCUCCUGGAUAUGGUAAGGGCGAAAACAAGGGCACAGCUGCUGUACGCUUCGAGCUCUUGUGGCGAGAUUACAUGCGCCUGUGCACGCGCAAGUUUGGACCUCGCCUGUUCCGCGUGGAAGGCUUCAGAAACGACCAGAAUGCCUCAUGGAAGUACAUCUCAAGCCCCUUCAGCGAUUCUACCGACAAGAAGAACAAAGGCGGGAGCAACGACGAUGACACUGCAGCAGCUGUGUUGCGCUUUGUCACGGGCCGGACUGGUACUGGUCUCAUCGAUGCCAGUCAGCGCGAACUCUUCUUGACCGGAUACACUUCGAACCGCGCAAGACAGAAUGUUGCAAGCUACCUGGCCAAACACCUUGGAGUGGAUUGGCGCAUCGGCGCAGAGUGGUACGAGUGCAACUUGAUCGAUUACGACCUUUCAAGCAACUGGGGAAACUGGCAAUAUGUAGCCGGCGUAGGCAAUGAUCCUCGCGGCGAAUCGCGCGUUUUCAACCCCGUCAAGCAAGCUCUGGACUACGAUUCACAAGGAGAGUACAUCCGCACGUGGGUCGAGGAACUCAAGGACGUCAAAGUAGGAUCUCAAAGCGAAGGCACGCAAGACUCGCAAAACUUGAUGGGUGUCUUUCAAGCAUGGAGAUUGCCAGAAGAAGAAAAGAAGAGAUUGGGAAUACAGUCUGUGGAGUGGGUGCAGAAGCCUUUGGUCAAGAUUGAUUUCUCGCUCAACAGACGAGGUGGUGGUAGUAAGCGUGGCCGGGGCAAUGGACGUGGUGGACGUGGAGGAGGCCGUGGAGGAAGAAACGAGAAAAGAGGCACACCCGAAAAGGCACAUGCAUAG